AUGGCUGACGAAGAAGAGCGCAUCAAGGCGGAGAAGCUGGCUGCUGCCAAGAAGCGGGUGGCACAGCUGCAGAAACAGAAGAAAAAGGCGAAGAAGACCGCUGCGACCGAGUCACCCAAGGACACCGAUGGAACGAAAGAGACACCGGCGACGCCGGGAGAGGAGCCGCCUGCGGAAACGCCAGCGACUGAGACCCAAGCUGAGCUUGAACCUGAAUCAGUGACGGCCUCGACUUGUGAACCGGAUUCAGCGCAAGUGCAAGCCGAAGAACAAGGAGAAGAUGCAACAGCACCAGUAGCAGCACCGCCACCAGUACCACCAGCAGUGGGAGAGGAAGAUAAGGAAGAAGAAGAAGAAGAACAACAAGAAGAAGGCAAAGAUGGGACUGAAACAGUCGAGAAAGAGUCGGAACAAGAGGCACCCCUGGAACCCAUGCCCGAGGCUCCCAUCUCGCCCGAUCUAGAGGGGGACCUUGAGUCCCUGAAGCUGGAUACCCCACGAGCAGGAGGACAUGGCCGGCAGCCAUCACUAUCGAUCCAGUCGAAGAUGCGGUCGUCGUCGUUCCGGAAAGCGUCCAUCUCGCACGGUAGCAGUAGUGUGUCGCCGUCUUCUGCCUUGAUCAAGUCCCCGUCACUACCGCCCUUGAACGCCGACGGGGAGACGGUGCAUGAAGUCUUCCGCAAGCAGGUGAUGCGGAUCGAGGAGCUGGAGAAGGAGAACAAGCGUCUCGACAAGGAACUGGAGGACGUCAAUGGUCGCUGGCGGAAGACGGAGGACCAGCUCGAGGAUCUGAGGGAGGCGAGUGUGGAUGUUGCGGAGCUGAAGGAGAAGCUGGAGAGAGCGGAACAGAAGGCUACAGAAGUCAAUGCAUUGAAAGCCGAGAUCGCAUCUCUGCAACGCCAGAACUCCCAUCUUUCGACUAGAUCGCAUCGUAGCACAGCCAGUGUAGCGGUGGCGUCAUUGGGAGCAUCUGAAUCGCCGCCGUCGGAUCUGGUCCAGCAGCUGGAAUCCAAGUCGGCAACCAUCGAGGCUAUGGAGCUUGAGAUCUCGAACCUCCGGGCACAGCUUACAUCACAGUCGUCUUCGAGUAACGCCCACGAGGCCCAGAUCAGUGCUCUGGAAGACAAGCUCUCUCGAAGCGAGACGUCUCUAGAGAAGACCCAGCGGGAACUCGCAGACACGAAGCACUCGCUGACCCGGGCCGCGGAGAAGGCGAUGAAGGAGGGAGUGGACAAGACCUCGACCGAAACGCUGAUCAAGACGCUGCAGCGGGAGAUCGAGGAGCUAAACCAACAGAAAUCGGAGGGGGAAAAGAAGAUCGACGCGCUGGACAAGAAACUCCAGGCCCUGGGCAACCUUCACAAGGAAUCGGAAGCACGACACCAGGCCCGGCUACGGGAGAGCGAGAAGACAGAGAAAGAGGCGGCAGUGCUACGCAAGAAACUGGCAAGCAUCGAGAACGAGAAUCUCCGGCUGCGCGAAGAGCGCGAACGGCACAAGAAGCGCGACGCUAUCGGUGCCGAAGACGAAGCGCUCGACGAACUCGAGGAUGAGGAGCGGGCCCGACUCGAACGCCGGGUCCGUGAACUGGAGGGCGAGGUCUUCGAUCUGCGCCGCGGUGUGUGGCGCGAAAGGCGCCAGGAGCUGGAAGCCACCCAUCCAGAGGGCUUCACACCCCCCGGAGACCCGUCGAGCGCCUUUGACGACGUCGAUCUCGUCGGCGGAGCGCCCGACCACUCCCGUCGCCGCAGCAUGGCCCAGAACAACCCAUUCUACCACCAAAACCAGCAGCAUCAGCAGCAACAUUCAUCCUUUUCGGACGUCCUGUCCAGCGGCCUAGCGGCCUUUACGGGGACGAACCGUGCACGCGCACACUCGAACCAGCAACAGCACCCGCCCGCCACGCGUGGCAGUCUCGAGCUCCUGGCCGAGGAGAACCUGGACGACGAGUUCGACGAGGCGGAGUUUGCGCGCGCGCAGGCCGAGGAAGAGGCGCGCAAGCGCGUCGAGUGGGUGCGUGAGGUCAAGCGCAAGCUGAAAGAUUGGAAUGGUUGGCGGUUGGAUCUGGUCGAUAGUCGGGCUGGGGCGGAGGGCGCGGGUGUCGCCAUGGGGGAGAUUUUCGAAGUCUAG